AGCACCAACGGUCCUCCGCAUCCAUCCUUCUGGAGGAGAGUUCACGCGAUACGGGGAAGAACCGCUGAUAGAGAGGGAGAGACGAGUGACUAGUUGAAGCUUUAGAAGAAUAGAGAAAGAUGGUCGCGUGGGUGGGAUUGCUGAGUCUGUGCUCGAUCGUCCUGGCGGUUGAGUCUCUGCCAACGAAUCUGGCGCAGGAGGUGAAAAAGACUGAACAAACCAUGAGACCAAAAGCUAAACGAUCGCAGGAGAUGCUGAUGUUUGGUAACCAGCAGAACCAUCAAGCGGAAAGCAACACUGGGACAUCUUACACGUCCAAUACGGAUAAGAGAACCCUGUCCUCGUCAGGAUUAGGCGGCUUGAAGGUGGCUCUAGCGGAGGAGGAGCAGACUCGCUCGAAAACGCCUACCAACAACCUGUACGACCGUGAUUCCUUCUCCCCUUACGAUAAGAAUUACGAUUACGGAAAGGUUCUGGUGAACGAGCUGGGCGACGAAGUGUCGAAGAUGUGGGAGGAUCCCCGGUACUCGCGUUACUACCUGACCGAGGAUCGUCGUAAGAGAUCCGAGAAAUCCACGAUCACCGGGACAACCACAGCGAAACCGGCGACCACGUCCUAUCAGUCGCCGACGUCCACGCAGCAGCCGAACCAGGCCCAGGUGAAGAGAAGCGUAUCGAUUUACCAAGAACCGCGAUUCAAGAGGGAAUUGGAUAUUGAUCCGGAGGACGUGUUGACCCUUCUGUCCCUGUGGGAGAACGAGCGUCGCAACCGAAACUGGCACAAGUACGUGAACGAGGAAUACGAUAACGUGGAUGACGAUGGUAAUCUCCUUGAGGACGACGAUCCACGAAAUGUGAUCCCGUGGAUGGACAGCCCGGUGUACCCUCCCCGUCACUACAGCGUCGAUUCUCUGUACCCGUCCGAUAUCGGGAUCGUCCGUACCCAUCCGACGAGCUAUUACGAGCAGUACGGGAACCAGUACGGUCAACAAUACGACGGAACAUCACAAUACGGCAGUCCCCAGUACGGUCUUGCUUAUCCUCAGCAAACGUAUUAUAACGCUCCGGAAAAGAGGUUUAUGGUUUCCAGAAAACGUUCGCAGACGUACGAUCCUUACUCCAGUGCGACACAGUACCAAAUGAGCUCCCAGUCCCGGGGAUUCCCCUACCAGCACCGUCUAGUCUAUUAAGUCUUCAGCUCUCGACUAACAAACCCGAACGUGUAACGAAAGAAACGGAAAAAAAAACGAAGGAUAAAGCAGCGAAUGUUACAUUGAGAGAUUAUCUGGAACGUAUUCGGGGGAAGCGAGAGAGCCCAACAAGAAUCACACGAUCCGAACCGAAAAAGAGGGGGAGUAACGAACCGGCUAAUUUUCGGACUCAUGUAUACGCAAGGAACAGCUACACACCGCGGUGGUCAUUUCGAGGAACGCGCCCCCAUUUCCCACCCCCUUUAUUUAACUAUAUUCUGUCCUUUGUUGUGUGAUACAGCAAUAUAUGUAUG